AUGACCAUCAUGAUACCGCCGCCGUCUGCUAAAGGUACGAACGCUCACCUGGGAAAACCGGAGCAUGGGAACGAGUGUAAAAUCUUCGAUCUUCCCUGGGAGUUACGGAUGAAGGUGUACUCGUACAUCUUCUCGGGCCCACCUCGAAUGGUGAGACCUAUAAGACAGAGCCGUAAACGAAGUGACAAAGAGCCGGCCUCACCAACGUUCGGCCGAUACCGACGUACGAGUAUAUUGCUAGUCUGUCGCCGAUUCCACGACGACGUAACGCAAUACCUUUACUCGUCGAAUUCGUUCCGUAUAUUCCCUAUACAGCACCAGCCGUCUAUCGUGCCGAACAUCUGUGACCUUGCGCCGCGAUACAAAAGCGCAGUGAGGGUGCUGCGUCUCGUCCUGGGCUCGAGCUGGACCGAUCCGCCAGCAUCAUGGGUUGUGAAUGAGAAACUUGGGCUCCAGUACAUGGAGGGGGUUCAUACAUUGGAAAUACUGGUGCUGUGUGACCCGUCACACCCGAUGUUCGAGCCGUUCCGUGUUUCCAAGGAUUUUUAUACCCAAUUUUCAUGCCGACUACUGAACGGAAUACUGCGUGGCCUACCAAGGUUAACACACGUCGUGAUUGACGGGUAUUCGUCCAUUGAGAGAAACGGUGGCCUAGUGAGCGGCCUGGUUCAAGAAGUCCAGGCCACGAAGAAGAAGAUUCGAUGGGCUGGCCCCUUCAAAUCUUUGAAUGCAUCCCCCCUUUGUUGA